GACUGCCAGAUGGACAAUGGAAGGAUCUGCCCUUGAAUCUGCCUCCCGCUCGGUAUCGUUUAGAUGGUGGUGGAAUCGUCAAAGGCCUCCAUGGCUGUUAUGACUGUGUAUCAUCUCUGAUAUAAAGGGGAUACAAAUCAGCCAGGCUCGCGAUAAUUAGAAUCAUCAAUAAACCGAGCUUUAGACUUUUAUCUCCGUCUUUUUGCAUUAAGAUACGACGACUUUGUCGGGUCUUCCAUCGCGAAUUCCUCCUCCAGCCAGUGACCUACCCUAGACUCGACCUACUCUUCAACGUCAACAGCAUCAUGGGCAACGUUUCUAUGGCCGAACUUGCCAUCUAUACGACUCUCAGCAUCCCUACACUUUAUAUUCUCGUCAAGCAUGGCCCACCGGGAUACUUGGGGUGGUUUUAUCUCAUCACCUUCUUUUCGCUUCGGAUUAUAGGAGGGGUACUGUCUUUGACUGGUAACUCGGCUGCCAGCAUUGUUUCCAACAUUGGAAUAUCUCCUCUUUUGUUGGCAGCUGCUGGUAUCCUCCACGAAGCGAGAGUCUAUAGAAACCGAGACCUCGACCCCAAGAUAGAGUGGAUCAAGGUGCUGUUGUAUCACUUCCAUGUCACCGGCGGAGUAGCCCUGCUCGCAAUCGGGGCAUCGCGCCUCCAAGGCAGCAACCCAGCGCCGAGCGACCUGACGCUCGUCAAAGUCGGGCUGGCAAUCCUGACUGUGGCCUGGGUUGUUCUCGCAGGUUGGGCCGGUGUCUCGCUACGCCCUCUCGCAAGCUUGAAUGUGGCCAACCCGCAGCGGGCUGGAACAAUGCUACUCUUCUCCGUCCUCUUCUCCGCCAUCUUCAUCGGCAUUCGCGUCAUCUACUCCCUGGUCACAGUGACGUCAGGCGCUGCGAGCAUCAACCCAAACACAGCCUCGCUCGCAGUUCAAGUCCUGUUACAGUUGCUGCCCGAGCUUAUCGCAGCCCUGACUUUCGUCGCUGUCGGCGCUUCCACUCGAAAUGUCUGGGGUGCAUCAAAAGCGGAGGCUGGUCGGGGUCCGCAAGCGCCGCAUGAUUCAGAGCUCAAGGGCCGCAGGCGGACGGCCGAUGUUGUGUAAUUUAGUCCAGAUACUGCCAAGAUAAGGGUUCUACCUGCGUGGACUGAAGUACCUGUACCUGCGUACUCCGUACAUAGUAAGAUUAUAGAUGCUUAUCGUUCGUUACUACAGAUACGACGAACGGA